AUGUCAGUCCAAACUCUAGUGACUAAAAAGCGAAAGGAGUUUAUUGGACUCCCAGCACCCUUGGGAUAUGCUGCUGGCAUAGGACGUGGUGCUGUAGCGUUUACUACAAGAUCUGAUAUUGGUCCAGCCCGUGAAGCUAAUGAUGUUUCAGAUGAACGACAUGUUGCUCCAUCUAAACGUCGAAAGGAGCAGGAAGAGGAAGAGGAGGACCUAAACGAUUCAAAUUAUGAUGAGUUUACAGGCUAUGGUGGUAGUUUGUGUGCAAAAGAUCCUUAUGAGAAGGAUGAUCAAGAAGCAGAUGCUAUUUAUGCUUCUAUUGAUGAUAGAAUGGAUGAAAGACGACGGGAGUACAGAGAAAAACGUUUUCGCGAAGAGAUCGAAAAGUACCGUCGCGAAAGACCAAAGAUUCAGCAGCAGUUCAUGGAUUUGAAGCGUGAUUUAGCGAGUGUAUCUGAUAGUGAAUGGAAUGCUUUACCGGAAGUUGGCGAUUCACGAAAUAGGAAGCAAAGAAACCCGAGAUAUGAACGUUUCACUCCGAUCCCAGAUAGCAUAAUUGCAAAAGGCUUGUCUGAUGGUCAAACUAAUGUUUCUGUAGAUGUAAUUGAACAAAGUUUAGGGGGUUUAACUACACCCUUUACUUCACAAACAGCUCAAAUGGAUAUUGAUAUGAAAAAAAUUGGUGAAGCACGUACUUCUUUGAUGGAUAUAAAGCUGACGCAGGUUUCUGACAGUGUAUCAGGACAAACUGUUGUUGAUCCUAAAGGGUAUUUAACUGAUCUACAGUCUAUGAUUCCUCAACAUGGUGGUGAUAUAAACGACAUGAAAAAAGCUCGACUCUUAUUAAAAUCGGUACGCGAAACUAAUCCUAAACAUGCUCCUGCAUGGAUUGCAUCUGCUCGUUUAGAAGAAAUAGCUGGUAAACUCCAGGUUGCGCGCAAUUUAAUUCUUAGUGGAUGUGAAGAAUGCCCUAAAUCAGAAGAUAUUUGGCUCGAAGCAGCACGGUUAGUACCAUCUGAACAAGCAAAAUCUGUUGUAGCUCAAGCUAUACGUCAUUUACCUCAGUCAGUCCGUUUAUGGGUAAAAGCAGCCGACUUAGAAACAGAGCAUAAAGCUAAAAAAGUUGUAUUUAAAAAGGCAUUAGAACAAGUUCCGAACUCUGUAAGGUUGUGGAAAUUGGCAGUUGAAUUAGAGGAUGAAGAUGAUGCCCGACUAAUGUUAUCUUUGGCUGUUGAAUGUUGUCCAACAUCUGUUGAAUUAUGGCUUGCAUUAGCUCGUCUGGAAACUUAUGAACAAGCUAGAGUUGUUUUGAAUAAAGCUCGCGAAAGCAUUCCUACAGACAGACAAAUUUGGUUUGCAGCCACACGUUUAGAGGAGGCUCAAGGAAACCAGAAUAUGGUACAGAAAAUUGUUGACCGUGGUGUCGCGUCUUUACAAGCAAAUAUGGUUGAAAUUAAUCGUGACCAGUGGAUUAAAGAUGCAGAGGAAUGUGAAAAAGCUAAGAGUGUUCUUACCGCUCAAGCUAUAAUUAAAGCUAUUAUUGGAUAUGGUUUAGAAGAACAAGAUAAAAAACAUACAUGGUUGUCGGAUGCAGAGAAUUGUGCUACUAGCGGUGCAAUAGAAUGUGCUCGUGCUAUUUAUGCUGUAGCAUUGGCUCAUUUUCCUACAAAGAAAAGUAUCUGGCUACGUGCUGCUUAUUUUGAACGAAAUCAUGGAACAAGAGAAACUUUAGAAGAACUUUUGCGUCAAGCUGUUAGUCAUUGUCCUCAAGCGGAAGUGCUUUGGCUUAUGGCAGCAAAGACACGUUGGCUUGCUGGUGAUGUUCCAGCAGCUCGUUCUAUUCUAGCUCGUGCAUUUGAAGCUAAUCCCAAUUCAGAGGAGAUAUGGUUAGCUGCUGUAAAACUUGAAUCAGAAAAUAAAGAAUAUGCACGUGCACGUCGUUUACUAGAUAAGGCUUGUGCUUCUGCUUCUACAGCUCGUGUAUGGAUGAAAGCAGCUAGAUUGGAAUGGUGUCUAGGUGAAUUAAAUAAAGCUUUAGAAAUGUUACAAAAAGCUACAUUAACAUAUAAUCAGGCACCAAAGUUGUGGUUAAUGCUUAGUCAAGUUUAUGAACAGUUGUCAGAAGAAAACUUAAAACCGAAGGAGGCUGAAUCAUUAAAAGAACGUGCUAGAAACACCUAUCGUGAAGGACUGAAUCAUAACCCACAUUAUACUGCUCUGUGGUUGCAAUUGGCCAGAUUUGAAGAACGACAAUGUAAUUUAACUAAAGCACGUUCCAUUUUGGAGAAGGCCCGUUCACAAAAUCCUAAAACACCAGAAUUAUGGUUGGAGGCUAUCAGAUUAGAAGUAAGAGCUAAUUUGAAACCUGUAGCUGAUUCACUUCUUUCAAAAGCACUUCAAGAAUGCCCAACAUCCGGUUGUUUAUGGGCUGAGGCAAUAUUUAUGACUCCUAGAGCUCAACGUAAAAGCAAAUCAGUGGACGCUUUAAAGAAAUGUGAACAUGACCCACUGGUACUUCUAGCUGUAUCCAAAAUGUUUUGGUGUGAACGACUGGUCAUGAAAGCUCGUAAUUGGUUUACAAGAACGGUGAAACUAGAACCAGAUCUUGGCGAUGCAUGGGCUUACUUUUACAAAUUUGAAUUACAACACGGGACGGAAGAUCAACAGAAAGAAGUAUACCGACGUUGUGUUACUGCCGAACCUCAUCAUGGUGAAGUAUGGUGCCAAAUCAGUAAAGAUCCUAAAAACUGGCGAUUAAAAACAAAAGAUUUAUUAAAAAUCGCAGCAGAAACAAUUGUUUUACCAAAUUGA